GCUCACCAAACAGAAGACAACUUGCGCGUUUGGUGUCACUUCACUUCAAUGCUGCUGCCUGCACGACACGAUUGAAAUACCCCGAGGCGCGUGAACAGGCGACUGUGACGAGCAGACAAAAGUGGCUGCAGUCGCCCGACGGACCGCAGCAGGAGCAUAUCUCCUCGCCUGGCCUGCACCUAUCCACUCAACGCUUCCGAAACUCGCUUUGUCCCGUUUAAUAUCGCCACCGAUAGCCCUUGCGCGCAGACAGAACUCCACCAUGGCUACAGCGUCCUCGGCCGACGACGAUCGUUCUUCCUACCAGCCCCCGACCGCACCCACAGGCAACCUCCCCAAGCCGAUUCUCGCGCGUCAACGCGCCAAACAGGAAGCUGAGAUGAACGGCACUGCUGUUCCAGCGAAGGCCUCAUACUUCCCUCUCGGAUACAAAGAGGCGUAUUCACAAUGGUGGGCGUCGCUCACGCCAGCAGUGACCGAGCACAAGGUCAUGUCGUUCAUUCCCUAUCUGCAAAGCCCGCCGACUGUCGCGUCGCCGUCUGGAAGCGCUCCAACGAGCAAGAACCCGAGUGCAAUGAACUUGAGCGAUCAACCGACCUCGAGCGUGGACGACGGGUCCAUGCAGCGUACCGUAAGCUCCAAAGAUCCAUAUGGACCGCGGAAAUGGCAAAGUGAAAUGGUGCAACUCAAGGGCAAAGAUCGCUAUCUGAAUGAGUUCAGUGUGGAAAGGAUAGGCGAAAAGGUUGACAAUAAUCUCGUUAUGAUACACGGAUACGGAGCUGGACUUGGGUUCUUCUACAAGAAUUUUGAGGGACUGUCGCGAUUGGCAGGUUGGAAGUUGUACGCGUUGGACAUGCUGGGAAUGGGUCGAUCAAGUCGGCCGCCAUUCAGCGUGGUCAAGGCAAAGGAUCGCGAAGGCAAAGCUCGUGAAGCAGAAUCAUGGUUCGUGGAUGCACUGGAGGAGUGGCGUGUGAAGAAGGGCAUCGACAAGAUGACAUUGAUGGGUCACAGCUUGGGAGGAUACAUGGCUGUGUGCUACGCGCUGAAGUAUCCAGGACAUUUGAACAAGUUGAUCUUGGCCAGUCCCGUAGGGAUACCCGAAGAUCCUUACGCUGUCAGCGAGGAAGUGGAACCGCAGGCAAGCACGAUGCAAAACGAAUUCACACAGGCUCAGGGAGAGUCUGCUUCACGAAGCCAACCCGCGCCGCCAAAGCGCAAGAUGCCGUGGUGGCUCACCUCAUUAUGGGAUGCCAAUAUUUCGCCAUUCUCGAUUGUUCGAUUAUCCGGGCCACUUGGGCCACGAUUAGUUUCUGGUUGGACGAGCCGAAGAUUCGCACAUCUUCCAGAAGAUGAAGCUCAAGCACUCCACGACUACUCAUACUCCCUCUUCCGUCAACGAGGAUCUGGUGAAUACGCUCUAGCGCAUGUUCUUGCACCAGGAGCCUUCGCACGAUCUCCAUUGAUCCGCCGCAUUCAAGGUGUAGGGCGACAAUACCUCGAACCUCAUGCCACUCCGGCUCCUGACAACGCAUCAUCACGGGACCCAUCUUCCAAUGCGGCAGUAGGUGCAGAUGCCGCCGCGGCACGAGUUCGUGAAACGGGAGUGCCUAUCACUUUCAUGUAUGGCGAGAACGACUGGAUGGACGUCAAGGGCGGACACGAAUCUGUCGAGAAGCUGAACGCGGAGAAGAAGAAAGCUCUGGAGAACGCGACUGAGAAAGAACGAAAGCUGGAGAACGGCGAUUACAAAGUUAUUAUCACGAGAAAAGCCGGGCAUCAUGUCUACCUUGAUGGAUACGAACAAUUUAAUCGCGACAUGCUCGAGGAAAUGCGUGAUGUUGAGAGGCGGAAGAAGAGACUAGCCGACUUGCAAUGACAAUGCACGUCGCGAUCAUCAAAGAUUUGAGCAUUGCUUCCAGCGUGGGCGUUUCGGGCAUCGAUUGUGCAUACUGACAUGUGGGAGCGAGAUAUACAUUAGAUACCAAGUGAUGGCGAAUGGCCAUUUUAUGCUAGCCGCUCGAGGUGACAACUGCGAAUACUUCUCAACAAACUCAGC